AUGGUCUUCUUGGGCCGGCCGUCAGAGGCGUGCUACCCCUGUCGCAAGGGAAGACUCAGGUGUGAUCGCCUGCAGCCCGGAUGUACCCAGUGCUCCCGAAAGCAGAUAGUUUGCCCCGGCUACAGGGAUCCUUCAGAAUUCUACUUUAGAGACGAAACCGCCAACGCUGCUUUUAAGGCUGUUGGGACUUUGGUCAACCACUGGUCGCCAUCAAGUUCAUCGUCUUCAACUCCACCCUCCGACGGUGAGGUGGUUCGCUAUCGAUCAAUCUCGUCGCCUAUCGAGGAUUUAGCACGCACCUAUUUCAUGACCGACUAUAUUGCGACUUCGCCAUUUGAUUAUUUACCUAAACUCUGCCCUUAUGGGUUAAUAGGAAACGAUGCCAUGUCAGCGUCGAUACUGGCUGCCAGCUUUGCAAGUUUGUCGCUAAAGAUAUCGGAUCCAAAACUCAUGAAGCUGGCUAGAGUCCAAUACGCCAGCGCACUAUGUCAAACGAAUCAAGCACUUAGCUCUCCGAAACUUGCAGUCGAGGAUAGCACUCUAGCUGCCGUGCUUCUCCUGGGACUGUUUGAGGCCAUCGUCUUUUCCGGGCAGCAGUCUAUGGAUAGCUGGAACCAACACACGCUUGGAUCCGUAGAGUUGUUGCGUUUGCGUGGAAGUCGUCAAUUCGAAACCGCCCUCGGCCGCAAGCUUUUUGUUCACUCUGCAAAUAACAUUCGCACGAGUUGCGCCCACAGCAAAACGCCUGUUCCGACCCGAUUCAUAGCGCUAUACGAUGAUGCGCAGCCGUAUCUUGAUCACAACGAUCCUUUUCUUAAAGUCACCCCUGUUCUCGACAGGGUCGCCAUGCUACGGUCAAGGAUAGCCUAUUUGGAGGAAUCAGAGAGACAUGACGUCCUUGUUGAAGCUCUGGAUUUGGACGCGGCGACAGCGAAGCUUGGGCAAGAAGUCUCGGCGGAAUGGAGGUUCACGGCAAGGGACCCGUAUGAGAGGGCACCAAUGACAUACAAGGGCAUGUCUUUCCGCUAUCCUUCCCUUCGAGCGUUGCGGUACUGGAACUCCUUGAGGAUCAUUCGCAUGUUUCUCAACGACCUCAUUUGGAUGCAGGCAUCCUUGAUCCUCGCUCAGGGGCCGAUAUCAGCCAGUGCGGACUGCUUUGCCAUGCAGGAGGCCGCGACACGCAAAAUCUCGACUCUGGUGAUCGAGGUACUUGCCAGUUGUGGCGAGUAUCUAGAGACAACUGAAGACCGGUUUUCUGUGACAGCGAGAUGCUUGAUCUGGCCUUUAUCGGUCAUUGCUGAGAUAUCCAUCACGCCCCCAGACGCUCGACGAUUCGCCCUCGACUGCUUAGGCCGGCUAAGCCGCGACGGCCGUAUCCCACAACCGAUUGAAGUCGCAAACACAAUGAUGGGCCUCCAGGCAGACUGGUAA